GAAAGCUCCAGCUGGCAGUGGCAGGCUUAGUAAGGCGCAGGCGGCAGCUGCUGCAUACGAGAGCUCAUGCAGUACGAGCUAGCUGCUGUUGCCAGUGUUGGUCAAAGCAUCGAGGUCAUCAUAUUGCCAACAUUGGAAGUGGGCGUUCUGUGACUGAGGGGAGUUGCUCGCAGUAGGAGUCCCGGCGCUCGCCCCUUACUGUGUCCCACAGUGCUAGGCCAGCUUGGCUCAGCAGGCAUCGUCAGGUCAUAAGGUCUUUCUUACGUCGUUCUCAAGGGGGCCCAAGGCGGCACGUUUCGUUGCAGAUUCAUUGGCUAUCUGCAGAGAGUUUGAACGUUUCGUUCACGAGUAGCCCGGCAGGUUUACGUGUGCCCAAAAGAGGGGCUGUGGUGGUUUCAAGAUGUCGUCUGUCUCUCAAAGUAAAAAUGGUGUUGAGGACUUUGACACGGGCCAACGCGGGGGCGUUGCUGAAGCGGGUCUUUCGGGCAGGCCUGGAGAGUUGCAAGAUGGACAUUCGCGCCCUCGGUUGCGCACGUCCUUGUUCAACCAGGACUCCGUUCUUGCUGAAGAAGCGCAAUCGGCAAAUUUGUUGACAGAGAAUAUGGGGCCGUCGAGGUUGCGAGAAAAGGGGCUAGCUGAUACGGCCCUCUCAGAGAGCAUGCGCACGAUCACCGCGGACAGCGCUGAGCCUCUGAGCAGAAGUGCGGAUGCUACUGCAAACGGGGGUGACCAAGGGAGUGCUCCGCGAGAAUCUGGGGGGUGUGCGCCAGUGGGCGGUUCGACAGAGAGGCGGGAAGUGCCGGCGGGGGGCCUGGACAACAGCAGUAGUGGGAGCGGGACGUUCCGGAGCAGCUCUCGGGCGUUGGGGUUACAGCACAGUGUGUCGGGAAAGAAGCGGGCGCUCUGGCAAAUAGACCUGAGUGAGGUGGACCUGGGAGAGUUGAUUGCGUCGGGGUCGUUUGGGAGCGUACACAGGGGGCACUACGGCGGGCGCGAGGUGGCCAUCAAGCUGCUGCACAUCCCGGAGAGCAGCAGCGACAAGGAGAAGCGCGCCGCGCUGCACGCCUUCAAGCAGGAGGUCUCCGUCUGGCACGCGCUGCACCACCCCAACAUCGUCGAGUUUAUUGGCGCUUCCAUGGAGGCGAAGCAGUGGGCGAUUGUGACGGAGUACAUCGCUGGGGGAUCCCUCAAGUCGUUCACCGCGCAGCGGCAGGGCAAGAAGCUGCCGCUGCAGCAGGCUGUCAACAUGGCGCUCGACGUGGCGCGCGGCAUGGCGUACUUGCAUAAUAAGGACAUUUUGCACCGCGACCUCAAGUCCGCCAAUCUGCUGAUCGACCCCUCGUACCGCGUCAAGGUCGCCGACUUUGGGCUGGCGCGCCAGGAGGCAGCAGACCCGGGGGACAUGACGUGCGAAACAGGCACCAUCCGCUGGAUGGCCCCCGAGGUGAUUGACCACCGGCCGUACACGCGCAAGGUGGACGUGUAUUCGUUCAGCAUCGUGGCGUGGGAGAUCUUCUCCAUGAAGCUGCCCUUCGAGGGCUUCUCCUUCGUGCAGCUCGCGCACGCCGUCGUUGCAAGUAACGCUCGCCCCCCCCUCGCGGGCAUCCCGAAGCCCCUAGCGGACAUUCUGGAGCGGUGUUGGGACCCCGUGCCCGAGCGGCGGCCGGACUUCAACACGGUUGUUAAGUGGCUCGAGGACGUACUGGACAGCGGCGUGUCUGAUCUUAAGGACGCGGAAACGGCGGGGUGUUGCGCGUGCAUUUUACUGUGACGCGAGAGAGCAGUUGCUCUUCGCCUUCCGCAUAACAUUGCGGCAUGCUCUUAGUUGCCACAUACGGAAGAUGACUCGGCGUCUGUUUUGCGACCCGGCCUGCCUGCCCUGCGACGUGCCGCGUGUCACAGAUUGCUGUACUAUUGUUGCUAGGUGUUAUCGAGUUGUUUGGUGUCUUGAGUCUCAACCUCAAACCAAUGCUCGCAAGAGUGGCGUUCAAUCGCACAAGAGAAAGCAAUUGUACAUCAUUAGGCAAGACAGAACUUAACACUAGGAUCGGGGUCUGGAAUUCGUGUAAGUAUAUGAAGGCGUGCAUUGUUGCAUUCGAAGCGGGGCUUGGAUGGUCACAUUAUUGCGUGCAUUGGACCGGUCG